GGGAUAGGCUUUUUCCACUCUCCUGCAUAAAGCCUAUCCCAGUGAAACGCGUCGGAGGUGUGGUGUGGAGCUGGGGUUCCUCAGAAGACAUGUUGCCCCUUGAUCCAGUCACAGUUCUUUUAUUCAUCAUAACAUGUAUUUUCUUGGCAACUGUUUUAUUCAAAGAAAAGGAACAAGUUCAUGAGAAUUAUCCUCCUGGUCCAAAGCCAUGGCCGAUAAUUGGAAAUAUUUUCAACUUGAAUAUUAAAAAGCCUUACUUAUCAUUUCAAGAGCUUGCUAAGAAGUACGGCCCAGUGUUCAGUAUAAAGAUAGGAGGCCAGAAGAUGGUUGUGCUGAGUGGAUAUGACACCGUGAAAGAAGCUCUUGUCAACCACGCAGAGGAGUUAUCUGGCAGACCGAUCGUGCCUAUUUUCAUGGACUUUUUUAGAGGAUACGGUGUUAUCUUUUCUAAUGGACAUAACUGGAAAAACAUGAGACGUUUCACUCUUUCAGCACUACGUGAUUUAGGUAUGGGGAAAAGAUCCGUAGAAGACAAGAUUACUGAGGAAUCCAAUUGUUUAGUGGAGACAUUCAAAUCCUACAAAGGUGAACCCUUUGACAGCACCAUGGUAAUGAAUGCUGCUGUCUCUAAUAUCAUCAUAUCAUUAUUGCUUGGCCAUCGAUUUGAAUACGAUGAUCCAAAACUUCACAGGCUUUUGGUCAUAAUAAUGGAUACUGCUAGGAUUCUUGGUUCCCCCAUGGCCUUGUUGUACAAUGCAUUUCCAUCCCUGAUGCGAUGGAUUCCAGGAAGUCACCAAACUGUUCGAAAAACCACAGAUGAAUUACAUUUGUUUAUUAGAGAGGUCUUCACAAAGCAAAGGGAUGAACUGGACGUUAAUGAUCAGAGGAAUCUCAUAGAUUGUUUUCUGGUCAAACAGAAAGAGGAGAAACCAAGUCCUGAGCUAUAUUUUCAUGAUAAAAACCUAACCUCUCUAGUAGUGGACUUGUUCGCUGCAGGAAUGGAGACGACUUCUACCACGUUGAGAUGGGGCCUUCUAUUAAUGAUGAAGUAUCCUGAAGUUCAAAAAAAUGUUCAAAAAGAAAUUGAAAAAUUCAUUGGAACAGCCGAACCUCAGUUGGUGCACCGCCAACAAAUGCCAUACACGGACGCUGUUAUUCAUGAAACUCAGAGGUUCGCCAAUCUUGUGCCAACCAAUUUGCCACAUAUGACUACUCAAGGUGUCACCCUGAAGGGCUUCUUCAUACCAAAGGGGACUCAUAUAAUUCCAUCACUGACAUCUGUCCUACAAGACACCAAAUAUUUCAACAAACCUGACGAGUUUUACCCUCAACAUUUUCUAGACUCUGAUGGAAAUUUUGUCAAAAAUGAGGCCUUUAUGCCAUUUUCUGCAGGGAAGAGAAGUUGUGCUGGAGAGAACUUGGCUAAAAUUGAGCUUUUCCUCUUCUUCACAAAAUUGUUACAGAACUUCACAUUCAAGGCUCCUCCUGGGGUAAAGCUGGAUCUCACCGCUGCUGUUGGCUUCACCUCAACGCCAUUGAAGCAUGAAAUCUGUGCAAUUCCUCGCAAAUUAGCGCCUGGUGCUCCAAAUUAUGCGCUCUUUGAUAUUGCGCUCUUGAGAUUGUCCUCUUUGGGCAGCCCCGUUCCCGAAACCUACAGCAUGGAUGGGUAUAUCAUGGACUAUGAUCUAUUUUUGUGUGGAACUAUGAGAUAUAGCCAUGUUAGGAGGGCUAUACGAGCUGAGAGAAAAAAUAAGAUUUAUGUACCAGAAUUGGGACUUUAUGACUCAAAGAAAGAACUACAUACUACGGACAUGGCUUCAAUCGAUCCAUUUACCUUUGUUCUGUCCAUCGUUCUCCUGUUAUUGAUAAAUUUUUUCUAUCAAAGGAUAAAGCAAAAAGGUCGCAAAUUCCCUCCAGGCCCAUAUCCAUUGCCACUGGUUGGAAACAUAUUCAGCAUGAACAUGGCCAGACCAUAUAAAUCGUUUCAAAAGUUUGCUGAGCAAUAUGGCUCAGUGUUCAGCCUACGAAUAGGGACAGAGGAGAUGGUCAUCCUGAGUGGAUACGACACGGUUAAAGAUGCUCUCAUCAACCAUGCUGAAGAGUUUGCUGGAAGACCCUGUUGGCCUGUUUAUGAAGAAUUAAGAAAAGGCCAUGGUAUUAUCCUAGCUAAUGGCGAAAACUGGAAAGUGAUGAGGCGAUUUACUGUGUCAACACUGCGAGAUUUCGGAAUGGGAAAGAAGACGAUUGAAGAUAAGAUUAAUGAAGAAUGUGGUUACUUGAUAAAAAACAUCUGCUCCUACCAAGGAGAGGCAUUCCAGGAUGACAAGAUAAUAAAUGCCGCUGUGGCCAAUAUCAUUGUGUCCAUUAUUCUUGGCCAUCGGUUUGACUAUCAACAUCCAUCACUUCAGAGGCUUCUUCAGUUAACUGAUGAAAAUUUCAAAGUUGCAGGAAGCUCGAUGGUCUUUCUUUACAAUGCUUUCCCAUCCUUGGUACGUUGGCUUCCUGGAUGUCACAGGAGCAUUCACAAGAACGCAAAUGUACUCAACAAGUUUGUCACCGAGACCUUCACAAGCUACAAGAAACAACUAGAUGUCAACGACCAGAGGAAUCUCAUUGAGACCUUCCUGGUGAAACAACAAGAGGAGAAGCCUAGCCCUGACUUGUACUUUAACAAUGAAAACCUGACGCUACUUGUGACAGACUUAUUUAGUGCUGGGAUGGAGACAACCACUACCACGCUGAGAUGGGGCCUUUUGCUAAUGAUGAAAUACCCAGAGAUCCAAAAAAAUGUUCAAAAUGAGAUAGAAAAGGUUAUCGGGUCGGCUGUGCCUCUGGUUAAACAUCGUAAGGAAAUGCCCUAUACUGAUGCCGUCAUCCAUGAGAUCCAGAGGUUUGCAAACAUUCUCCCGGCUAACAUUCCACAUGCUACCACUCAAGACGUUGUUUUUAGAGGCUACUUCCUUCCAAAAGGGACACAUGUUAUUCCACUACUUACAUCAGUACUACAGGACAAGAAAUACUUUGAGAGACCAGAAGAAUUUUACCCACAACAUUUUUUGGAUACCAAAGGAAAUUUUGUAAAGAAUGAGGCAUUCAUACCAUUCUCACUUGGUAAAAGAAGUUGUGCUGGGGAGAGUCUGGCUAAAACAGAGCUCUUUCUGUUCUUCACGACCCUGCUACAAAAGUUCACGUUCAAAGCCCCUCCUGGUGAAAAGCUUCAGCUAAUCCCAGCGGUUGGGUUGACGACACCUCCAGUAAAUUACAGAAUUUGUGCUCUUCCCCGCAACUAAUUCACAACAAAAAGGUGUAAGGAUAAAAAUUCUGGAUGCGUCCCGAAUCUACUACCAGCAUCGAAACAAGA